AUGGGCUUAGGAGACGAUCUUCUUAUUGGGGGAGCAUUAGGCCUUGGCGCUCAUGAAUUAUUUGGUCAUCAUCAUCAUCACAAUGGAUUUGGAGGUGGUUAUCCUGGAUACGGUAGUGCCUUCGGUGGUGGCUUCGAUGUCAAUUUUGGAGGCGGUUUUAAUAAUGGCUUUGGCAAUACCUAUGGAUACGAAAAUUCAUAUGCAUACGGUGGCGGCUUUGGCACUCCUGGUUUCGGCGGUCCUGGUUUUGGUGGUUUUUACUAA